GUAAAACACUUGUAAAACUCCUAUCCUUAUCUAACACUCUGGGGGCUGCAUUAGCAAAAGAAAUGUUGCUACAACAACAGCAAGCGCGCACACACACACACACACACACUCUUACAGUGACUCUCUUACGCUCUUACAUUGACACGUGCACACUUAAACGGCAGGCGGUCGUCGCAUAGCGUACCGUUUUUAUUUCAUAUGGCCGCAACAACAACAAAUGCAACAACAAGAGCAACGAACAUACGGCAAACACCUGAAACCAAAAAACAGUGCACAAGUGUUACUCAGCGACCAAGCACGCGUGUAAAAAUGUCGCCCCGCCAGCAACAACAAAAGUAGUGGGAAUAGCACACAAAAACAAUUGAACAACUGAGAAACGAACGUAAUAAACAACAUUGAAAGGAGUCGCACAUACAACAACUACAACGUUCAAGAAAAACGUGGGAGCAGCGUUCUCUGCAAUCGCUCUCAGAGAGAUAGAGAGACAGAUAGAGAGAGAGUGAGGCAAGCAACAGCGCAAUUGGCUUUUUAGCAGCUUGAGCUUUCAUUUUGAGGACGCUGCGCAGCUGUCGACGUUGACGUUGUCAGAGAGGAGACAAAGAGAAGGAAAGUUAAAUAUUGAAACUGCAUUUUGUGCAAUCGCACAGCAGUCAUGGCCACAGCAGCAGCAGCGGCAGCAGCAACCACAAAAAAAGGCAUCAACAGCAGUAACAACAAAAACAAAGGGGAUAAAGGAAAAUCCCGUCGUAAUGAGCGGAAUAUCUUAACCUUUUAUGAGAAAAUUGCCGUAAUACGUUAUUACGAUGAAACGAAUAUAUCAAGGAACAGUCUGGCAAAGAUGUUCCAUUGCUGUGCGACACAAAUACGCCGAAUUUUGGAGAAGAAGCGGGAACUGCUGCAGCAACUGGCAACGCUCAGCGAAGCGGAUGCAUCCAUAAUUAUUGAGGAGAUGACGCGCAAGCGUCGCAAGUUCGAGAUGAGCGCCAUUAGCUUCCUCCUGCACGAGUGGGUGGAGCGAUCCCGUCAGCUGCGACUCAGCGUCAGCAUACGGAAUCACACGCUUAAGGAGACGGCACUCAGGAUGGCAGCUGUGCUCAAUUUGCCGGCAUUUAGGCCAUCUUAUCGCUGGCUGAAUCGCUUUCGUGGCAAAUACAAGUACGAGGAGGAUGAUCUGGGCUAUACGGGAUCGAGUCCCGUAUCCGGUACACUGCCCGUGGAACAGAUUAUAGUGGAGUUUAAGCAUGCUCUGCCCAAUUUUAUGCAAAAGGAACUCGCCGACAUCGAUGGAGAUGUGAAGUUGAACAUAACGACACCAGAAUUGGUCAACUUAUCGAGCGAUAACAGUGAAAUAUCUGAUGGAGAUGAGCAGGAUGACGAUGGUGUCGAAAUGGUGACCUGUGAGCCAAGUGUGCUGCCGUCGCCGGCAAGCACAUCGGAUGGGGAGGAUGAACCCCCAAUGGAAUUGCCCCUGCAGCAGCAACAGCAGCCGGAGGAGGAUCCUUCGACCAGUCUACUGAUGAAUGCCGGCACCUGCACGCUGCUCAGCAGCGUCUUUCCCCACUUGGCCAUCAUUCAUCAGUUCGCUCUCAUGAACUCUGAUGUGCAGGCAUUGGAGCUGAUCUCACAGCUGGGCGUGCACAUGCAACAGCAAGCAACCUCCGGCGCCUAUCGCGCCUUAUCUCUGGCGACAAGUGGAGGGGAACCCCCAGAGCUGCCACCGGGCACCAUUUAUGCAGAUAUCGAUGAUAUCGAAUUGAUAGAAUAGACCUUAACUUAUUAACUUAACUUACUAUGUGUAUUAAUAAAGUCAGCUAGCACUUACCAUGCG